AUGGCCAAUCUCUCCAUGGCAUCUGUCUUCCUCCUCCAGGGCUUCUCGGCUGAUCCUAAGAUACAGCUGUUCAGCACUGCUGCCUUCCUUCUCAUUUACCUCGCUGCCAUUCUGGGGAAUGUCUCCAUUGUGGCCGCCGUGACCCUUGACACCCGCUUGCACAUGCCCAUGUACUUUCUCCUCAAACACCUGUCCGUAGUGGACAUCUGCUCCAUAUCUACCACCCUUCCCCGGGCCCUGGUGGCCACCAUGCUGGGCUCCGGGGAGAUUUCCCUCCCUGCAUGCGCAUCCCAGCUCUUUGCCUUUAUCUGCCUUGGAUCUACAGAGUGUUUUCUCAUCACCUCCAUGGCUUACGAUCGUUGUCUGGCCAUCUACAGGCCCUUGAUGUACAGGGCAGCCAUGAGCCCCCGGACCUGCAUCUCCCUGUUGGCGGUAGCCUGGAUCAGUGGGCUCCUUUUCUCCGCCUUCCACACAGCCAACACCUUCUCUCUGCCUUUCUGUGGCUCCAAUGUGAUUGAACACUUCUUCUGUGACAUCCCCGCACUCUUGCACCUGGCCUGUACCAGCAUGGAUGCCCAUGAGGCUGUUGGAUUUGUGGUUAGUGGCUGCGUCAUCAUGAGCUGCUUUGUCCUCACUGUCCUGUCCUAUGUCCGCAUCUUGGCCACAGUGGCUCGGAUCCGCUCUGUGGCCGGCCGCUGGAAGGCCCUCUCUACAUGCUCUUCUCACUUGGCCACUGUGCUCCUGUUUUAUGGCACUGGCAGCUCCGCCUACAUGCAGCCCACCAGGCACUACUUCCCAUUGAGAGGGCGCCUGGCUGCUGUCUCUUACUCUAUCCUCACACCCACCCUGAAUCCACUCAUCUACAGCCUGAGGAACAAGGACAUGAAGGGAGCCCUGAAGAAGCUCUAUCUUCACAUGCCAUCUUCUAAGGUCUCCUUGUCCAUGUUGGGGGAGAUGGCUCACUAG